AUUAUUGAAGCGUGACAGCGAGCCGUUGGGAGUAUGCAAAUCAUCGAUCACUAGCUUGUGUCGUAAACGGUCUGGAACUCAGCAUAGCUAAUUCUGCGACCUGUGACCAACUGUUUGGCGCUUAUAGCUAUUGUUGGCAGGAUUCUUUGCAAAUUCUCGCCGCUUUUUCGCCGAGGAAUCAGUGUUCGAGAGGGUCAGCGUCUUUAGAGACUUGUAUAUCCAUCGGCAAGGUGUCAAGGACGACGCGAAGAGUUCACCGUAAACACUGACUUGUGAUAUUUGUCAGUUUAAUGGACUUGCAUUCAAGAGCUUCGUCUAUUUAUAUGCCCUCGGUGUAGACGGGUUCUUAAUUGCCGCUAUUUUACCCCUGGUUGUGGUUUUUUGCCAAAGUUGUCGCCAUGAGUCAAUAUAAACAACAAUCCAAAGCUGAUUACCGAGAUUCCGAAGCAAUUGGGGUUGGUAAUGGGAACGCAAACGGGGCCAAAGACCCAAAUAAGAACGACGAAUUUGAUGUGUACGAAACAAGCUCAAAAUCUACGAAAGUUCAGGAAAGUCAUACAACUGUGAUCACUGAAUAUAGAAGCGAAGAACAAGACGAGUUGAAGAAAAAGUUUGAAGAGGCAAAACUUCGACUGGUUGAUUUGGAAGGGGAGCUGCGAAACACCCGGGAAAAACUCGGGAAUUUGCAAGGAGCAUGCGAAAGCACGGAAUUGAAAAUCGGAUAUUUGAAAGAUGCUACGAUCAUCUACCAAGAUGUGGUAAGCUCUCAUGAGUACACAUUCAAGUCGAUCACGGAAGAAAACAGGAUCCUAAGGAUUCAAGUUCAGCGUACGAAAGGCCUGGAGGAGGAACUCGAGAAAGAGAAGGACAGGAAUAAAGUGCUGGAGGAACGCAUUGCAGGGCUGGAGCGAGAUAAAGAUGACGCAGAAUCUGCCAUUGAUCGCCUCACGACUCAGUUGACUGAUUCCGAGUUGGGUUCGAACAAGUUGCGUGAGCGCGUGACAGAUUUGGAAGCGGAGUGCGCGGAAUUGCGUGACAUGCUUGCCGCGUCUGAAGACGAGUGUAAGAAGUUGAGAGGUGACCUUGUUGACCGAGACGAUCAGAUUGACGCUCUGAAAGAGGAAUUGGCGCGAAAACACGACGAGUGUACUAUUUAUGUCACGCAAUCCGAGACGCUCUCCCAAGAAUGCGACACGCUGAAGCAAGACAAGAUCGACAAUGAGCAAAACUUGUUGAAAGAAAUCGAGUCGUUGAAACUCAAGUACGAUGAAAUAGAAAAAGAAAAAGGCGUAUUGGAAAAGGAAAAAAUCGAAAUCUUUGACGAGUUGAAUAAGUUGGAGGAACGCUUGCAGGAUUUGGAAGAUCUUCAAGCGCAGCGCUUCGAGUUACAGAAGAAAUACGACAGUCUCAAAGAGAAAUACGAGACUCUACGAGCGGAGAAUGACGACUUUGUGGGUCAGAUAAACGCCUACGUGGACCUGGAAGCGAAAGGAAGAGAACAGUUCGCAAGACUGCAGGCCAAGUAUGAUGAGCUUGUGGCCGAAAACGCGGAACUGACGGAAAACUGCGACUUGCUGGAGAAGAAUGAAGCGAGGCUGAAAAAGGAAAUUGAUGACCUGCGCGCACAGCUUGCGGACAAUGACGAUCUGGAAAAGAACCUAGACGACAUGCGAAAGCUCGAGUCUAAAUACGAGCUCGUGAUAAUCGAAAAGGAGAAGCUAGAGAGGGAGAUCAUAGUCCUCCGCGAAGUAGAGACCAAGUACAAGCUACUUGUGAUCGAGAAGGAGGGACUGGAGCGGAAGCUGAAGGAUGAACAGAAAGUUGUCUCCGAGCUCAAGAUCAAGUUGGAAAGGUUUUCCGAAGACGGGACAGAGCUCGAGGAGAAAAUCAGAUCGCAGCGCAACAGGAUAACCGAACUCGAGCGUCGAGUUAAAGAACUCGAGAGAGAGAAGAACCUUCUAGAACAGCAAGUGAAGACCAUGAAGAACAAGUCUGAUGAUGAUGACAAGAAAAUCAAAGAUUUGAACGAAAAAGUUCGCGUUCUUGAGAAGCAAUUGAAGGAAAACGACGCUGAGAUCCAAGGCUUGAAGGACGAUAACGAAAGGUUAGAAGAUGAAUUGGAGGACUUGUCAACCACCAUAAAGCGCGGGAGAGCGGAAUACGAGCGUAUUUUGAAGGAAAACGCCGAGCUUAAAGAUGAAAAUGAGGCUCUAAAGGCAGAGAUUGACGCAUUAAAACCGAAAAUUGAGGAAGAGGUUGUGGUGCAAUCCGCGGCUCCCGUGGCUGCCGGCGAACCCGACUUUGACGAUAAAGAACAGCUAGACAUGCUUGAAAACGAGCUGAGAGAAGUCAAGCAAAAGCUAGAAGAUGUCGAAAAAGAAUAUCAACAAUACAGGGAAGAAAAGGAACCGGAGUUGAAGUCACUACGCGACCAGGUCAAAAAUCUUGGGGAACGGCUUAAGGACGCCGAGUUCGUCAAGAAGAAGCAAUUAGACGACUUGAAAAAGCUACAGAAGAAAUACGACCAAAUGGUGGAGGACUUUGAAAAACGAAUCAAGAUUCUAGAGGACAGGAGUGAAGGCCAGAGGAAAGACUUGAUCGAUAAAGAGAUUGUGAUCAGUCAACUUAAGAAGGACGAGGCGAAGAACAAGAUUCAGAUAAAGCGCUUGGAAGACCAGCUUGCUGACAACAAGAAGGAAAUGGACAAGGGGCUCGCUCUGGUAAAUAAGCUCCGAGACGAGAUUGCUGAUCUAAAAAAGCGACUUGCUGCAGCAGACGACAAUGACGAGCUGAUGAAACAGAACGAGAGCCUCCGUAAGAAGGUGAGCAAACUUGAAGACGAGGUUCGUUUCCUCAACGACGAGCUAAGGGAAGCCGACAGUUCAUCGAUUAAAGACACAGAGAAGCUUAAUGCUGAGAUUCGUGAGUUCAAAAAGAAGAUAGUGGAACUCGAGAAGUUGGUCGAUGAUCAAGAAGAGGAGAUUAAAAAGUUGGAGGAUGAGUUGAAAAAUGUACCGAAAGAUAAAAAGGACGGAGGCGAUGGCGAAUGGAAGUCGCGGUAUGACAUCCUGUUGAUUAAGUUUGAGGGUCUUGAGCGCGAGAGAGACUCACUGAAGCGAGACAAGGACAAGUUACACAAGGAUUAUAUCACUAUUGACGACGAGCUUCAGAACGUCCGAUCGCGAUACACUAGGACCAAGAAACAGCUCGAAGAAACUAACAUCGAGAUCAACUCGUUACGGAUCCAGAUCAACGAGUACAAAUUCGGUGAUGAUGCAUCUGCCCUCAAGCGUGAGAUCAAGCGACUCGAAGACGCACUCGACAGAAAGGAGAGAGACUGCAAGGAGCACUUGAGCGAACUCGACGAAUGGCGAGAGAAGUACGAGUCCCUGAAGCUGAAAUACGACGAGUUAGAGUACGAAAAGGGAUCCCUACAUAACGAGAAGAACGCGCUGCAGAGCGAGCUCAAGACCAACGCAGAGAAACUCGCCGAGAUGGAGAUCAAACUGAGUCAGGGGAACAAGGACGAGUUGCGCCUGCGCAAUGAGAUUCAGGUCCUGAAGAUCAAGAUUACGGAGAUUGAGCAGCGGGGUGGCGAUACGGACGAGGUCGAGCGGUUGCGCAUGCGCGUAGUGGAGCUUGAGAGGGAAGUUGGACGGCUGAAGAAGCUGUUGAUGGAUGCGAGUGAUGACAACAAGUCACGUGACGCGCUACAGGGGGAGAUAGAAGACCUGGAAAAGGAGGUGAUUAUACUGACACACGAGAUUGAGCUGAAAACGGCACGUCUCAACGAAUCAAAGAAGGAAAACGAAAACUUGAAAAACCGGAUAAACGAGCUAGAGAACCAAGGCGUAGCCGUGCCGAUGAUCCAGCCUCAGAAGAUUGAGACGGUGCAAGCGGUGGUGGAGGAAUCAGUGCCUCCAGUUCCCAUGAUCCCCGCGUGCCGCGAGACGUCAAGGCUCGUCAUUGACGUGGAGGAACGCCUGGAGGAAAUCGUGCUUGGCGUGUUGAUCAAGAGCCGGGUUCAUCGCGUCGUGCAUCGCUACCAGGGCCGCGGACGCGAGCACUCGAAACUCGACUUCACUGUGGAGGCUCUACCCGGCACCGUGCUUGUCGGUACCCCUGUGGCGGUCAAGGUUGAUGCCGCGGAGACACCCUCAGUACAGAAGCCUGACCUGAUAGACGGCUUUCGGGUACCGGGUUUCGAGCAAGAGGUGGAAUCGCCGCUCAUGGCAGACUUCAACCUAUCGGCCCCGCCCAGUGUGUAUCCACAGGAAGACCGCAACAUCUCCCCUGUGGCGUACACCCUUCAGUCUUCGGAUCUGGAAGAGACUCCCGCCGGAGAUGACUACAUCCUCGUGGACGCCAUCCCCGCACACCGCCUGCAGAGCGAUUCCUCAGACGGUCCCUACGGGGGACACGGGGAACCUUAUUACCAGUACCCAGGGGACCACGAGGGAUUCCGUCCCUCUCCGUCGAGAGAGCCCGAGGACUUGAAGGUCCCACGAGGAAAACUGGUUCCCAUCAGAGCCGUGAUUCGCGACUCUGGUGUGGUGAUGCGCGCAGAACGACCCCCUACCCCUCCCGGGGUCAGUCACCGUGUUCCCAGCGAUCAGGAGAUUUUCAGGCCAAUUGCGGCAGAAAUUACGCAUGAACAACAUAAUGAGCCAGUGUUCGAGGACCAGCGGUAUCCCGUUCGUGAGGAGAUGCCACAGGCAGACCGCUAUUCGCCAAGAGAGCGAGUCCCCUCUCACGAGCGUCACACCAAGGGACGCUACAACGGCUAUUCCAACGGCUACAACGACAACCAACCGAAAGGAAAACGAUCGAGCGGGUACCAAGACGACCCUAGGAAUAACCGAGACAGCUACGGAGAUUACUCGAGGAGCUCCCGAAGCAGCUACGAGGAUCAUCCGAGAAGUUCCCGAAGCAGCUACGAGGAUCGCUCGAGAGAUAGCCGAGGAAGUUAUGGUGCCAGGGAUUCAUACGGCAGUUAUCCCGAAUAUUCAAGAGGUUCCCGCGGAGGAUACGCCAACCUAUCGAGGGAUUCUCGACAUGGCUACGACGACCAUACGGGGGAUAAUCGAAUGAGUGGAGAUUACGAGCCGAGAGAUAAUCGACUGAUUUAUGAAGAGGAGCGAAGGGAAGCGAAGUCGUACCGAAAGGUUUCCGAUGGUGAUGGAGUGAGGCGGCCAUGGUACGGUGGGAACUAAUUUGAAUAGUCACUGUAGAAUAUCAUACUGUUCUUAUUAGUUCGAAUGAUAAGCCGGUUGUCAGAAAAAGAUGGGAUUCGAGGCCAUAGAUGAACAGGUAGCAUAAACCCUGUAUAGAAGGGCGGGAUUCGAGGCCAUAGAUGAACAGGUAGCAUAAAACCCUGAAUAGAAGGGUGGGAUUCGAAACCAGAAUUUCAUAGAUAGCAUAUAGAGCUUUUUGCAACACCUCGAGCACAUUUUGAUAUUUAACAACGCACGAUUCAAAUUGAUCUUAAUCCUUUGUAGUGAUAUGCUUUCAAUAAAGAUUUAACACCCAAGGAAUAAACUAAUGGCACGAAGACGGUGAAGCCACGAGGGCACGCCGAGUCCCUUCGGAAAAACUAACGGAACGAGGACGUUACGAGGACACGACCAGUCCUUUCGUUUUUGUUGUAAAAAUGGGACCUUUUAAAAGUAUUCCGAUGCGUAAGGGACCAAAAUUUACUAACCGGCUUGGACUUAAGAUUAGAUUUAGUCGUAGAUUUAGUGACUACAUAAACAUUUCACUUAAAAUACUUAAGGAAGAAGUAGAAGUAUUGUAGAUUAGUAUUCGGAGUAUAACUAUUUCAAGUAGUAUUAAUAUUUUAUUGUUAUAAACACAUUUUGCUAUAAAAAGGCAUGCCCUAUUUUACCACUGCAUAUUUUUCUGCGAAAGUACAAUAUUCUUUGCAUGACCUGGAAGCUAGCUUUCUAAUUGCCCUCCCCUUCCUUAUGGAACUAAAAAAUGUCGGAAAAUCUGUUAAGAUAAGACUCUAGUCUAGACUCGAUCACCAUUUAUUAACUUUAAGCAUUAUUUCUACCUUUUUAGAAACAGUAGAUUUUGUAAACGUUCAGAUGUGAAUUUUUAGAAUAAAAGUGUAAUUUAACGUUAAA